UGGGUGGCUUCCGUCUAUUGCCAGAGUCAGACUUGCAAUAACCAUCGAUUAUUUAAUCCCAAUCAGUCUUCUACUUAUUCGAGCAAUGGACAAACUUUUGCUUUACAGUAUGGAAGUGGUAGUCUCACUGGGAUCUUUGGCUAUGAUACUGUAACGAUCCAAGGCGUUUCCAUUACCAAUCAAGAAUUUGGCCUAAGUGAAACUGAGCCUGGCAGUAAUUUUUACUAUGCAAAAUUUGAUGGCAUCCUGGGCUUGGCCUAUCCCUCCAUUUCUUCUGGUGGUGCCACCACUGUAAUGCAGGGAAUGAUCCAGGAGAAUCUGCUUGAUGCUCCUAUUUUCAGCUUUUACCUGAGUCGGCAGCCAAGCUUUCAGGAUGGUGGUUUACUUAUUUUCGGAGGAAUCGAUCCCAGUCUCUACACUGGUCAGAUUAACUGGAUUCCAGUAACCCAAGAAACGUAUUGGCAAAUUGCGAUUGAUGGAUUCCUGGUCAACAACCAGGAAACCAAUUGGUGCAGCCAGGGGUGCCAGGCGAUUGUGGAUACUGGAACAUCCCUACUCACUGUUCCUGGGCAGUUCUUUGAAGAGCUGAUGCAGCACCUUGGAGGCCAGCAAAACAACAAUGGCCAGUUUGUGGUUAACUGCAAUAACGUUCAGUACAUGCCGACCAUCACAUUUGCCAUCAAUGGAGUUUAUUACCCCCUGAGUCCAUCUGCCUAUAUCCUUCAGAAAUACAACUGCUCUAUAGAAAGGCACAGCACAGCUGGAUCUCUUCAUGACAUUUCAUUCUCCUCGCUUUCCCAUGGAAAAGCAGAGAGCAUGACUUUGAAAUGCCCUCAUGGGAAAGCUGAAGGAAGGAGCUAA